AUCAGCCCACGAUAGGAGGGCUGGGUCCCGUUCUCCCCCAUCCCUUGCCAUGGGCAGGGCCUGGCCCGGGUAUAAAUAGGUCAGACUGCUGGGUUCUCCCCAUUCUUCCUCUCUCCCCAUCAUCUCUCCCCAGCACUUCCUCUCUCUCGCUCCUGACUGCUGCCAUGGCAUAUCCCCUGGAGAAGGCCCUCGAUGUGAUGGUGUCCACCUUCCACAAGUACUCGGGCAAGGAGGGUGACAAGUUCAAACUCAACAAGUCUGAGCUAAAGGAGCUGCUGACCCGGGAGCUGCCCAGCUUCCUGGGGAAAAGGACGGAUGAAGCUGCGUUCCAGAAACUGAUGAGCAACCUGGACUGCAACAAGGACAACGAGGUGGACUUCCAGGAGUACUGCGUCUUCCUGUCCUGCAUCGCCAUGAUGUGCAAUGAGUUCUUCGAAGGUUUCCCUGAUAAGCAGCCCCGGAAAAAAUGAAGGGUCCUCAGGUGUGGGUGGGUGGGGGGGCUGGAGCUGGGGUCUUCCCUGUUGGCGGUGGGCACAUCACCUCACCCUGGCUCCUCCAGACGUGAGCACAAUACUGAACAAGUUCAAUAAAGAUUCUUGAAAGC